CGAUUCUAGUAGAACACACUCCUUUGAAGAGAAGCAAAUAACUGCGGGCCCGACCGUCCUCUCAAGAUGGUUAAGGCAGACGUGCGGAGGGAUUACUAUGCAGACUUGGGGCUUACACCAAGUGCAGAAACCGAAGAAAUCAAGCGGCAGUUUCGAAAAUUAGCCUUGAAGUACCAUCCCGACAGAAACCCCGGCCGAGAGGUGGAGUUCAUCUCCAAGUUCCAGGCCAUUCAGGCGGCUCAUGAGAUUCUCAUCGACCCUCAACAACGAUUGCGGUAUGACACGGAUCGACUGCGCGCUGGGUACGGCAAAUUCUACGGCCCCUCGAAAACUAGCUCGCCUCGAAAGACGGCCACGACUCCUCAAACCUCCACCUAUUCUCCGAAACCUGCGCCUACGAAACCACACCCUUCGGCACGCCCACAGUCCUUUCAUGCGGGGCCCUCGAGCGGCGCUCAACGAUAUGCCAGUUAUGCACGCGCGGCUCCGAAACAGCCAUGGGAAAAGACCCACGACGAAGGUCAGACACGGGCGGACGCAUAUAGAGGGUUUCAGGAAAUGAAGGGCAAUGGCAUGCCGGGCGGAUGGUCGUCAUUUGAUCCCCGUACGGGACGCGCUGGCCAACCCGAAGCUACGCCUAGACCCAAGGCAAACGGGCCGUCAACAAGGCCGAAGUCUGCCUUCGAGUACUUCAGGACAUCCAACAAGCCGGAGAGCCCAGAACCCUCGCGGACUCAAACGAGGAAGAAAAAGCAUGGGUUUGCUCCGCACUCCGCAGGCGGCGAUGAGCCUAUGGCCACACACACAUCCUCAUAUACGAGUCGAAAUGAACGUUCCCAAACUCCAAACGCGUACUUUGGGGCUGCGCCGUCGCCAACGGCGAAGAAAGCUGCUCAAAAUCGGACAGACACUCCUGAUUUCGAGCGGAUGAGGAGCAGGUAUGCCAGCGCUGGCGGAGAGAGAACGUUUUUUGACAGCGCCAACCUCGGGCGCUCCGCAAGUAUGCGCGAUUCAACUGAAAGUCCCAAACCUCGCUCCCGGACCAAUCCACCCAGCCCGACUGCCCACGAGGCUGGACGGUAUCGUAGCGCUAGUCCCAAAUUCAAAGCAGAUAAAAACCGGAACUAUUCAUCCACCAGCUCCAGCGAUCUCGAGGACGAGGAAGACUUCCUGGCGAGAAAACCAAAGGCGGUCCCUAAAAGCAGACUGCACCCUCACGGGAACUUCACUGCUUUCCAUACAGAGCACACUCAAGCGGCUGGUCCCGAGCCUCAUGCAAAUGAUACUACAGCAGCAAAGGAUGCCUUUGAUACGUCUUCUUUCUUCGACUUUGGAAGCCCAUUAAACUCACAACAAGGACCCGGACAAAGUAGCGGCCUUCCGAACAGGAGCUUCAAGAGCAGUAGUCAUGAGCAUAUGCGGAGCACGUUCUCUGCCGAGAAUUGGGAUGGGGCUGCUUUCUUCAAUAGUACUUCUCAGAACACGGAUGAGCGAGGACGAUCGGCGACUCGAGAGGCGACCGACAGGACAGGACACUCUGCGGAUGCCUCGAAUACUGAAAAACCAAAUCCCGAACCUGAACCUCAGCCAGCCCCCUUCGCUCAGUUUGGUUUCCCUGCAGACCAAUGGACCGAGAUGUUCAAGAACAUGUCGUUCGAACCGAAGAAUGGAGGGGGUCAGCAGACACAAACAGCCUCGACCCAGCGGCAGAGAAGCCCUCGCAAACCAAGGGCGGCAACCAAGACGCGGCCCGUUCCUCAGCCAGCUACUGUUACGACAGAAGCCGACGAGGUACCAACAACGUUGAAUGGGGAAACUAGUAUCCCGGACACGGCCAAAGCGGGGAAUACCGGCGUGGAAGCGAUGGAUAUUGAUGAUAUGCCACUUCGCACGACUACAGAGAAACCGGACGAGACGAAGAAGACCGACGAGACCGUACCAGCGACGAAGCCAGCUUCUCACGAAGCCCAGAAGGAAGAAAACGCCAAGAACUUCAACUUAGAAGAUUUGAGCAAGACGGUUCCACUCACACAAAACACGAACGGGGGCAUCGAAGACCUCCAGGACAUUCACGUCACUCUUCCGUUCGAAUCUCGCGCCGAUUUCCCCAAAACAACAACGCGGGACGCUCGUCCUCGAAGGUUGAACCUGCCUCGGCCACCAAAACGGCCCAAUGUACCUGAGAUGAUCCCUCUCAGUGCCGGCUCCCGACAACUGGGAGUGCCUCGGGCAGCAUGGGAGCGUUAUGUUGCCGAAAUGACGGUAUACAUGUCUGAAUGGAAUGCCUUCAAUCGCCGCAUGAUUCAGCACUUCAGUGCCCGCCAGGAUGCCAUCGAAACGGGCAUGUCUCCCAACUGGAUCGGUGCGAUUGGGGAUGCGGCGCAGGUCAAGCUGGACCCAGAAGACCCGGGAAACGGUGAUGCCAUGGUAGCAGGUAGCGCGAAAGGUGGCUACAAUGCGUACAAACUCGCAUUGGACCAGGAUCUUGAGGUCGAGAAGCACUGGGAGGUGGCCCGGGAACUGCACCGCGACUGCAUCUCGAAACUCGGCGAGUUGCGCGAAUGGAUCAUGGCCGACGGGAAGAUUCUUUAGAGCGCAACGAAGUAUGAGAGAGCGAGGGUUGGCUUACAAGGCAUUGGGCAGUAUUUUGCCUAGCUCGCAGUCAAAGUCGCAUACAUGCAUCAGAUCAGGCGUUGGCGUUGUGUUUUUCUUAUUCGGAUGAUGAUAUCCUGUAU